AUGAGCAGGUUUCGGUCCUCAGACCUCAGCCUCAGAGGGGGUAUAAGGACACAACAAGUUUCUAAUGUAGGAGGGAGUCUGACCGUGAAAGGCCCUGAAGCCCGCAGAGGGACGAAGCGCAAAGCGGAGGAGGAGGAGCAGGAGCAGGCAUCCACAGAGAAGAAGAAGGAAGACGAGGAGGAGAGCGGCCUAAAUGGCCUAAAGGUGGUCAUUGAACACUGCAAAAGCUGACGAGUGUAUGGGCGUAAUGCCGAGGAGGUUAAAUCUGCCCUUCUGGCUGCCCGCCCUGAUCUGACUGUGGUCCUCAACCCUGAGAAGCCCCGCAGGAACAGCUUUGAGAUCUCUCUGCUGGAUGGAGGCAAAGAAAUCUCUCUUUGGACGGGAAUAAAAAAGGGUCCACCUCGUAAGCUGAAGUUUCCUCAGCCUGAUGAUGUUGUUGCUGCUCUGCAGGAAGCUCUUAAAACUGAAUAAACCCCAAGUGAAGCUGAACGUCCAGGACCUGACUGGUGGAAGCAGAAUGAUGAGGUGUGACCAAUGAGUGUUCAGUCUCUCCUCUGAUGAACACAGCUCCACCUGAACACUUCUGGACAAACGGCGACACCUGGUGGAUCCUCUGAUCUAAUGCAGACAUUUUUCUAGUGCUACAGCCCAGUUCUCAAAAGUUUUAAUAUUUUUCUAUAUAGCAGUUUCUGAAUAAAGUGUUUACAAGUUA